AUGAGCUACGAUAGCCCCUACAAUACCAAUGCCAACCCAUACGACGAGAGUUAUGAGCUGAAUAAUAAUAAUGGCCCCACACAAGGUCAGCGCUUGCAAAAUGACCACGGCAAUGAUUUUGUCUCCUUUAUGAACAGAAUCAACUCCAUCAACCAGAAGCUGGACUCUUAUGACGCUCUCAUUACGCAGAUUGACUCGUUGCACAAGAAUCUUUUGAUUGAAGUUAAUAACGAAGACGCACAAAUGCUAAGGAAUAGACUGGAUGGAUUUGUCUCUCAGGCAACUGAUUUACAAUACCAAUUGAAAGAUGAAAUUAAAGAAGCUCAAAGAGUAGCGUUGAGAGACGUUAACAUGCAAACUCAAGCGGAAAAUUCAAGACAAAGAUUUUUGAAAUUGAUUCAAGAUUACAGAGUCAUCGAUUCUGAUUAUAAGGAUCGUAAUAAAGAACAGGCAAAGAGACAAUAUAUGAUUGUGCAGCCUGAUGCUACAGAUGAUGAAGUGGAAAACGCCAUCAAUGAUGUUGGUGGCCAACAAAUAUUCUCACAGGCUUUACUUAACGCUAAUAGGCGUGGGGAGGCAAAAACUGCUUUGGCAGAAGUACAGGCAAGACAUCAAGAAUUAUUACAAUUGGAAAAAUCAAUGGCCGAAUUGACACAAUUGUUUAAUGAUAUGGAGCAAUUGGUUAUUGAACAACAAGAAACAAUUGAUGUCAUUGAUCAAAACGUGGAGGAAGCCCAACAAGAUGUCGAACAGGGGAUCGGACAUACUAAUAAAGCCGUCGAAAGUGCAAGAAGGGCGAGAAGAAACAAGAUAAGAUGUUACAUCAUCUGUUUCUUGAUUGUUGCUGUUGUUGUAGUGGUCGUGGUGGUCCCAUCCGUCGUUGUCACAAGGCACUAA